CUAUCAGGUCUAGGUCUGUGUGCGCGUGCUCCGUUGCUAUGGUGAAGAAUUCUACAACAAGUUGAUGCGUCGGCGUCAUUGGCGUACGGGAACAAAACACCACACAGAUAAACAACGAAGGGGUUUAAAAGAUGUGUGAAGGACCUUCAACACUUUCUGGGCCAAUCCCCCCAGAUCCCUCUCUGUGUCCUCAGUUCUACAGACGCCCAUCGUCAGCUCGUGGUCGCUUAGAGGGAAAUCACGACAAGCCAUUGGCCCUUUUCUUGGGUCCGCUUGCUCCAGAUCCUGUGCUGUACCCAGACUGCUACAGUGCUCAUACCCUAAUUCAACGUCCUCGCAUCAAUCCUAAUGCAACUCAUAUUCUGGAACAUGGACGAAAAGGACUUGUGGGAGAGCUACUGAAACUAGACGGUGUCUCUGUAACUCCAGUUCCCAAACAGAAACAAAGAGUACAAGACUUUCGUAAAGAAAAUGUACGUCGGCUACGGGAGAUCCAGAAACGCUGCAAAGAGCAGGAAGCUGAGAGGGCGCAGAGCGGCCCUGUUCCAGUUAAAGCUUUAUGGACCUCCUCAAAAUACCAGAACACCCCGUCUAAAGUGAUGGCCCACUUAGAGGUUUCCAGUCCAGCUGUUAAGCCUCAGUGUCAAAACUUUCUAAAGGCCCAUUCAAACUGUAGUUCUGCUUCACCUUCAAAAUCUUCACCUGUAGUUGUGCAGCACCCAGCUUCCUGCAGCUCUACACAAGACCCAGACUUGAAGUUACAGGUGCAAGGUCAGGCCAUAGACUUCAUAAAACAUAACGCUCGGUCUGCUGGAAAAACUGUUGUCCGCCGAUCCCAGUCUUUGACAAAUCUCAGAGAAAACCCUGUGCCCAGUGCAAUCAAAGGACAAGUACCACAGUAUCUUGUGGAAAGGAAGGAGCAGUGGCGUAAGGAAAAGGAAGAGAAGAGGAGGAAUACACCUGACCCUACAGUCCCAGCUGGUCACACCUUAAUGCCGGAGAAUGAGAGACAAGAGACACUAAAAACCCUAAAAUCUACCCAUCGCUCCUUGGUGACUGAACUGCUCUCACUCCCGCUGAAAGCAGACAAUCUGAGUGUUCGAUCCCAUCGGACUUAUCUUGAUUAUAGGCUUUCUGAGAUUGAAGAGGCCAUUAAAAUAUUCUCUAGGGACAAAGUUUAUGUAAAAAAUGAUUCUUAAAACAUGAGGAGGACCAAGAAUAGGUAGAAUUUAUCCUGUAAAUUAACCAUUUUGUUGAGAUUUUUUUCACAAUUUACUAAGUAACAGAAUGAGGGAUUUUAUGGAAAAGGUAAUAAUUAGUUAAGGAGGCAUGUUUUAUAUGAAAGGUUUUAUCUUUAUUGUUACUGAAUUUUAGUAUCUUCCAAAACAAUAACAUAUUUAAAGCACCUUAUUUAAAAAAAAAACGUUGCUUUAUUGUGUAGGGGAUAAGUAGCAGAUAUAAUGCAAAUUUGAAAUAAAAGGCUGUAAUUACACUA